AUGCCGCCGGCGCGGCGACCCCGCGUUUCGUCGAGGCCGCCGUCCACUUCCUCCGCCGCGGCGGCGGAUGGGCGCGGUGGCAGAGGCUGGCUGUCCACCCUCCGUGGUGACCCCGCCAAACGUCCGCGCCGUGCCGACGACGACGACGGCACGCCGCUCAGCGACGAGGUUCUCCUCGUCAUCUUCGCCGGCGUGCACAACCUCGCUGAUCUCGUCCGCUGCUCCGCCACCUGCCGGCGCUGGCAUCGCCUGGUGUCCGCCGAAGCCGCCUUCCUCUGCCGCACUCCACGGCUCGUGCCCGCCAGGUUCAUCGCCCCCCUCGCGCUCGGCUUCUUCCACCACCAGGCGGACGCCGCGCCGGGCUUCGUCGCCAUGGCCUCCGCAUCGCGCCGCUUCCCCGGGCUCCUCCGGAACCCGCCGCCGUCCCUGGGCGCGCUCGUCGACAACGGGCUGUUUGACGGGUCUUCCCGCAUCGUGGCAGCCAGGAACGGCCUCCUCGUCGUUGACAUCCGGCACGGGAAGCACAACAGGGCGCUCAAGCUUUGCGUCUGCAACCCAAUGACAGGUGAAGUGCACGUCCUGCCACCCCUGGCAGGCAAGGAUGGCCUCGGGCACUAUGCGUGCACGGUCCUCACAGCCGAGGACCGUGAUGACAAGGCCACUGACCCGCCGCCGCCACCGUCGUACUUCCGCCUGGUCAUGGUGUACACUCGACGUGGCUUCACUGCGUUCCGGAGCUACUCAUCGGACCAAGGCAGCUGGAGUGAAGAGGCAAAAAUGACCGGCUCUAGGCUCGGCAAGAAACAGAUGGGCUUGACACACAGUGGAGUCGUGAGCCGUGACCGCAAGCGAGUGUACUGGAUGGCCAAGAACGUGGUACUUGUUCUUAGCCUCAACCAUCUGCAGUCCGCACUGGUAUUCAUGCCUCGGUCUGGAAACGGAAAGAUCUUUGACAAAAACUCCUUGCUAGGUUUGUCACAAAAGGGUUUGCUGUGCGCCGUCCAGUUUGACCCACUGCCAGCACGUAUGAAGGCUGACCGCAUCUCCAUACGCAUAACCACCUGCACCGACCGUCGGUGGUGGGAUGAGAUCGAAUCAAUCAAGGUAGGACAAUCCUUGCCUGCCGAUGUGAUCAGUUUGAAGCUGAGGUGGUUCUGCGGGAAGAGUGGCUUUGUGUUCUUCACAGCCGUCACUGGGGACAGUGGCCACCGGAGAAGCUUGGUGUAUGCUCUGAGCCUCAACACACGGGCGGUUGAGAAGCUGGGGAGCCACGACGGUGAAGGUGAUCUGUGGGAGGGGCUUCAUGGGUACGAGAUGGAUCAGGUGGCAUACCUGGCAUCCCUUGCUGAGCCAGAUGGCCCGAAGGAUAUGUGA